AUGAGUCACAGUCCUUACAGUUAUGGUGAUGCUUCGAAGAAGAGUUUAAACCUCCCAAAGCCUACAUUUACAGGGACAUUGGACGGGCAACCGACUAAACGUUAUAAAACGGGCAAUCAUAGUCACCACGAACCUCCUCCGUACACGCAGCAGCCAUUGCCAUAUGGGCUGUCUUACGGUGGAUACAUUUCUACCUCUAAUUAUGGUUGCCUGCCUCAGGUUCAUGAGUAUGGAGGCCAAUGGCCGCAGUACCACCAAGGGCAGCAAUACUAUACGUCAUAUUAUCAGGUACCGCAACAACCAUUACCGUAUAUACAGACGUGCAACAACCCCUCUGUCCCUUUCAGUGGUUAUAAUGAAAGCAUGGGGGCGAAUUUUGAUGGAGCAGUUGGGCAGCCAACUCGUCAACAAGAUUUUAGAAUUAAUACGGAACGGAAUCAGCAGCAUAACCCUACAAGUUUGAUACCGAGCGUUGUAGAAAAUUUGCAUGAGAAAUCGGAGUUUGAAUCUGAGUUAGAAGAUGUUGAAGAAGGUGAAUCUAAAGAUUUAGAAAGCUUUUCAGAUUCGAGCGAUGAGGCUAAAUCUGGAGAAACUGUCGCUAAUAAAUCCAACACUACAGCUAUUACAAUUCCUGGAACUUCAAUCCAACUAGGAACUGCUGAAGAGAUUGAAAAGUGGAGGCAGGAACGACGAAAGAUGUGGCUCUUGAAGAUCUCCAACAACAAAGAAAAGCAUAAGAAGGUAUUGGGUAUAAGAGAUGAAGAAAUCAAAGAGGGCCCCUUGGUUCAAGCAAAAAAGGAGAAGAAAUUCAUCCAAAGCAUUCAGUCUCAAAUUUCUAGAUCCAAUUGCAGGCCAAAUUUGGCUAUUGGUCUAGUUCAAAGGAGCAUGAUAGAUGAAAAUGCUAAAUUGUUAGCGUUUAUAAAAGAACUUGGAGAUGCCAACUAUUUCAAUUACGUUUUGACUGAGAAUGAGAAGGAAUCGUUAUUCGGAAGGCCUAAUAGAAAUAACCACUCCAGAGCAGAUGGCGCCACUAAUAAGAGGUCAAAUUACCAAAGAUCUUUUAAUCCAUACAGAGCACCAACCAGGACCCCAAAAAAUUAG